AUGGAUUUUAAUUUUGAUAAAUUUGUUAUUAAUAAAAUUCUUUAUAGUAAAAUAUGGCUUAGGAGAAUUUCAGGAUUAACUAUAAAAUUAGAAGUUGAUUUUUAAUUAUUUUUAAUGUUGAAUGAAUUAAAAUAGUAGAAAUUACUUAUAGGUCAUUUGUAUAUAUAGUCACGUGUUUAUAAAUUAUCUAAAAGUAACUUCUGCUGAAAGAAGAUUUGUCAAGAGUUAAUACAUGGCGUGUAUUUGGUGCUUCAAAAUUUUACUUCUAAACUUUUUCAGCACUAAGAAGGCCUUUUCAUAUUAUGGGUUCAGCCAGGCCCACAAUGGAGGUGACUGAUGAAGGAUGAACUUGCCUCCUGGGGUUGAUCACCUGGAUUCAAUCCCAGAGUCACCAAAGCUGUAGGUUGAUGCUAUAACUGCCUCAGGUCGUCUACUUUAGGCAUUAAUUAAUAAUUGGAACUCCAAAUGCUUCACUUUUUGUCAUAAUAUCAAUACUAUCUUUAUCAUUCCAUAAAUCUUGGAAUUUUUUUGGGCUUUUCUCCAGUAUUAGCUUUUCAUUGAGUUGAAAUCUUAAUAGUUAAUAGUAAUCAAGUUGUUUUGAUUAUUUAAUCUUACAUUAAUUUAAAUAAUUUGUAGAUUUAUGUGAUAAUUAUCUUGAAUCAUAAUAAGAAAUUAAAUUAGAUGAUUUACUCAAAAAUGGAUUUGAAUCUGAGAACUCUACUUCACAUAAGAAAAGAUGUUCCUGGGUCCAUGCCUCACAGUUUUGGAAGAAUACAUUUUCAUGAUUAUGCAAAACUCAAACAGUUGCACAGAAAUGAAAUGUUAUCUAAGAGAGAAGAUAAUAGAUAUGAAAUUGAGCAGUAUGUGAGUGAAAAUAAGAAGAAACAGUUCUACGGUGAAUGGUAUAUUCAAGCAGAAAAGAAAUUAACUGCCAAUAUUGCCCAACAUAAAAUUAAAGAUGCAUUAAAAAACAGAAAUGAUUGGUUGGAAGAACGAAGAGACAGAUUGCGUCAGUUGUAUGAAGAUGAAAAAAAUAAAUAUUUUCAAGAGAUCGAACAGCAAGGAGAGACUCCGGCAGAACGUAAAACAAGAAUGUUUUAUUCAUUGCAAUGUUUACUUGAAAAGAAAGAAGAAGAACGACUACAAAUUGUCAAAGAAAAGUUAGAUCAACAAUGGAGAGAAAAUUGCCAUGAAUUGGAUCCGAUAAUCAGUAAGAUGAUAUGUAAAGAAGUUUCAAACGAUCGAAAACAGCAGCUCAUUCUUAAAGCUAAAAUGGAGGAAGAGAUGAGGGAAAGGGAAAAUAUAUUUGCAAAAUGUUGGCAGAAAGAUGCAGAAAUUAAAUCUGAAAGGAUUAGAUUCGAAGAAGAAAAUCGUAGAAAGAAAAAUAUUGAGUAUGCUUUGAUUCAAAAAGCACACUUUGAGGAGGAACAGAGGAAGAAAAAAUUGCAAAAGUUAGAUAAAGAAGAAAUAGAACUUGAGAAACAACAAAGGGAAAUAAUGAAGCUCGACAAGAUUUGGAAUCACGAGAAAAAGUUGAAAUCUCAAGAAAAGGUGCGACGGGAUUUGGAUAAAUGUUUAGUAAUUAAGAAUAAAAUUCGACAAAAGCAAAAGGAAGAGGAAGAUAUAUUAAAUGAAUAUUAUAUAACUUUUAGAAACCUAAUAGAUGAGAAAAAUAAAACAAGAAAAAUGGAUAAGCAGGUAAAGUUUAGUUUAAAUAUCAAAACUUUAUUGAAUGGUCGCCAUGGUAACGAGAAUAAACAUCGUCGCGGCGAUAGAUGA